AUGGCUUGUCAGUUGAGUACAAGCCAGCCAACUAGAAUGGGUUAUCUUGGUCCCAUUGCAGACUCUGACAUCAUCGAUGGUCUCAGUGUUAAAUAUCUCAAAUUCUUCGGACUCUGGAAGGUCAUCAAUGACUACAGGAUCGCAGGGAAGAGGAACGCCAUUAUAAAAUUCACAGUGCUCAUUUCAUUUGUUCUCGCAGUCCCCUAUGUUUUAUUCCAAUAUUUGAGCUAUUCCUAUAUAAAAGUCGACCUACAAAAGGCAACGUUUUUAAAUCUGUAUCCAUUACCAGCUCUACAAAUGUGCUGUAGGAUAUUGGUCUUCUGGUUCCGCAUGGACAGGCAAUGUAGGCUUUACAACUUGCUGAAAAAGGAUUUCCUAUAUAUUCCAAAAGAUAAACGAGAAGUAAUCGGUGCUGUAUAUAGAAAAAUCAGUAAAACUUCGAAUAUUUGCUGUACGGCGUCCAUGAUAGUGAAUUUUAGUAUUAUAGGUCUGUAUAUAUUAAACCCGGGUAUAUCGGUUGAUUACAUUCUGUAUCACACCGGGCAGAUGGAUGCUGUGACUACUGGAAGGAAGAAGAUAUUGGGUGGUUGGUAUCCUUUACCAAUGGCGGAGACCCCGUACUACGAAAUUAUAUUUGCUUACGAAGCCACUUGCGUAACCUGGGCAGGGAUACUUCUUGCAGUGUAUUUUUGUCUAUUUUUUCAAGUUUUGAUUUGUCUUUAUGCUCAAUUUACGGCUCUUGGGGUUCACGUUUCUACCCUAGAAGCAAAUUGCAAUCAAAGGAGAUACGAUCCAGAACAUGAUUCAAGAAUGUUCAAAGAACUGAAUCAAAUUCUUCGGGACCACCAAAAGCUACUAAGUCUUAGCGUACCAGGAUCCAACAGUGAGGAGUCGGCAGUCUUCGUCUUGAGCCACAAGAUAGUCCAGCACGGUACCGUCAUAAAUGAAAGCGUCUAG